UUAGCCCGCGCGGCAUCCGAAACGCGCAGCCCCAACGGAGGCGAACCGCAGGAGUUUCCAGGCGCGUCGCCGGCGCAGCAAAAAAGUAUCAAAGUGCCUUCGCGUCGACGCGGCGCUGCCGAUACGAAACACGGGAACUGUGUCAUCGGCCGACCGAUCGAUGGGGCGCCGCGCCGUACCGCUGGCCCUGCUGAGACGACGCACCGCAGCCCCGGCGGAAACGCCAUCGGAGCCGCGCGCCCACGCCGUCGUCCCCCGCAGGUGCGCUCGGCCGCCUCGUCGCCGCUAGUCGACGUGGAGCCUGAAGGCGACGCCAGGAUGACGUCCGGCUGGGUCCUCCGCAAGGUCAAGCAGAACGACAAGUGGGUCCGUCGCUGGCUCGAGGUGAACAGACACGUGCUCUACAGCUACCAGGCCUGCCCCGCGGAGUCGCCGCAAGCUAGAGUGAUCAACAUGUUAGAUUUGAGAAAAACGCGCGAGAUCAAAUUGGUGGACGGCGGCGUCGCGGGCCUCUUCUGCAUCGUGCCCGUGUCGGCCGACGGCCAGCAUCCCGGCUACCUGAUGCGGGCCGACACGGCGGCGAACGCUCAGGAGUGGGUGACGGGCCUGAACAAGGUGCGCGCCGUGGAACUCGAGAAGAGCCCGGUGGAGAGUGAGGGCCGCCAACCGGAAGAGACGGUCUGCUGCUGCAUCCGGCGCCGCAGGCCGGCCGAGGCGACUAGGCUCGUGAACUGA